GAGAGGGAGGGAAAACUUAUAGCUGAGGCCACGAUAAGGCGCCUCAAAAAAAACUUUACAAACUUUUUCAUUUGUUUUUUUUUGUUGUUAUUCUCUUCCAUCACUAUCGACCAUUCCCGAACGGGAUUAUUAGACCAUGGGACUGAUGGAUUUCUUUUGGGUCGUCACUUUAUUUACAGCGUUGGGGUUUUCAGACGUUGUCCGGGCUUGCGGGAAACACAAGGGCAAUAUUCUUGGUGGCAUGAUGCAAUUCAAUGAACUCUGCCGGUUCUGUGACACCCAACCUUCUAAUUGCACCAGUGUUGGCUCCUGUAUGAGUAACUGCAGCAAGAGCUCUAUCUGCGAGAACAGGGACGAAGUGUGCGUCUCAAUCUGGAGGAAGCAAGAUGCCAACAUAACCGUAGAAACUCUGUGCCACAAUCCAUUAACCCCUCUGUAUGGACACCUACUGGAUGACUACAAUAAUACGAAAUGCGAGAUGAAAGAAAAGAAGGCUCAAGGUUCUUUGUUCUACAUUUGCUCAUGCUCAAAGGUGGCAGAAUGCAAUGACCUACUGAUAUUCACGGUGGUUGAUGACGACCUGGAAGUGGAGCUGAUCACCGAGGUGGUCCUUGUCACGCUCGUCCCACUGCUCGUCAUUGCUUCUGUGGUGAUCCUCGGUUAUUAUUUGUACCGGGUCCAGAGAAGGAGGAGCCUGAACAGAGAGUGGGCAAAGGAUCAGAAGGUCAAGAAGGCAGGCCAUCGGAUCCGAGGGCCGAUCGACCGGAGUGAAGGUUGCACCAUUCGUCUGGACGACGACCAGUCUGACAUCAGCUCUACCUGUGCCAACAACAUCAACCACAACACUGAGCUGCUGCCCCUGGAGCUGGAUGGCGUGGUGGGCAAGGGCCGCUUUGCUGAAGUCUACAAGGCCAAGCUACGGCAGAGCACCUCCGAACAGUUUGAGACCGUGGCUGCGAAGAUCUUCCACUUCGAUGAGUACGUGUCAUGGAAGAACGAGAAAGAGAUCUUCUCUGACGUCAACCUGAAGCACGAGAAUGUGCUGCAGUUCCUGACAGCGGAGGAGCGCGAUACAGAAAUGGGCAAGCAGUACUGGCUGAUCACUGCUUAUCACCCCCAGGGCAACCUGCAAGAUUACCUGCUGAGGCACGUUGUGAGCUGGGAGGAUCUGUGCCUGCUAGGAGGAUCGCUAGCCCGAGGGAUUGCCCACUUGCACAGUGAAUACACCCCCUGUGGUAGGCCAAAGAUUCCCAUUGCCCACCGGGACCUCAAAAGCUCCAACAUACUGGUGAAAAAUGACAUGACCUGUUGCCUGUGUGACUUUGGAUUGUCCUUGCGGCUGGAGUCAUCUCUAUCCAUAGAUGACUUGGCCAACAGCGGACAGGUUGGAACAGCCAGAUAUAUGGCACCUGAAGUGCUCGAGUCACGAAUUAAUUUGGAGGACAUUGAGGCAUUUAAGCAGGCAGACGUGUAUUCUCUGGCACUUGUGCUGUGGGAGAUGGUAUCGCGAUGUACAGCUGUUGGCGAAGUGAAAGACUAUGAGCCAGCCUUUGGUUCCAAAGUCCGGGAGCAUCCCUGUGUGGAAAGCAUGAAGGAUGUUGUUCUCAGGGAUCGGGGCAGGCCUGAGAUCCCCAACAGCUGGCUUAAUCACCAGCUUGUGCAGCAGGUGUGUGAAAUUAUUGUGGAAUGCUGGGAUCACGAUCCUGAAGCCCGUCUCACUGCUCAGUGCAUAGUGGAACGUUUCAGUGAUUUGGAACAAAUGGACAAACUCUCUGGCCGGAGCUGCUCCGAGGAGAAGAUCCCAGAAGAUUGCACUGUCAGUGAGACCAAACAGAACCUGAAGGCAGUCACUGUGGUGUAAGACAAUGGCCAACUGACCAAGGGGGAGAAACAACUCGAAACAAGUAACAAAGACUCAACGAUCAACUUUGUACCAGAGGGGAGAGUUUGAUGGAAGUCCCACAGAAGAAAUUCUUGAGUCACUGACUGAGGGACAGGCUGUUCUUCACGAAGGCAGUGGAAUUCUGGGAGCAAAAACAAAAGGCCAGAAUUUUUGUUUUGUUAUAGGAUUGCAUAUUUUGAUUGGUAACUGCUCAGGAAGCCAAAGAUUCCAUUUUGUAACCCUUAAUCAUGCACUUUAUUAAUAUAAGUAUAUAAAGUAUAGGUAUAUACUUUGAGGAACUUUCUUAAGUUUCUUUUCUAUAUUCAAAAUAUCAUAAUCAUAGGGAUGUGUGCCUGUUAAAGAGUUGUAUUCAUGAAUAUGGCACUUAUAAUUUCUACUCCCCCAAGAAUUUAUUUUUAUCCUUUUCUGCAUUGGUUUGGUAUGAUGUAGGAACAUAUCUACCUUGAAUGGAGUUGAAAAUAGGAAUCAAACACCAAAAAGCUGGUGGCUGCCGAAUGCACAAGUUUAAGCACGGAGGAAGGAGGAGACCUUGAGGAACAAGGCCCAAAUCUGGGGUGUAAAAGUGGGAGGUCAGGCCUGCUGCUGACCCAGUGGCCUCCAUUGUCCUCUCUCUGGAGAGUGCAACUGUUCCAAUGUGAAAUAAAACCAAAUCUCAUUCUGUUGGACAGUUGGGUUGCAAUGGCAUUCAAAUUUAGCGGGGAGGAUUGAUUUACCUGAAGUGGUGGGACACGAUCCUUGGGAUGACAGUGGUGAGGUCAGUACUUGCAUUGACCUAAUUCUGCCCUGUGUGCUCAUGUGCGCCCCUCAAGUACGGAUCUGGAGCCAUUGGUGCAGAGUCGGGCAGAAAGCUUCGUCUGAAGUGCCACUGCCUCUGAAGUAGACAGCGAUGAAAGGAAUUGAGUGCGGAAAGUGGUUCUGAGAUUAAAGGUUAGCCGUGAUUUCAUCGAAAGACAGAGCAGACACAGGGAGCUAAAUGGUCUCCUUCUAUUUCUUAUGUAGCCAAUGAUAUGAUCAACAUUCAGUUUGCUCUGCUGUGAACUGUCAGCAAGAAUAUACAAUGACAUAUUGGAUACCCCAAAUACCUACUGUAUAAUGAGACAUUCAGACAUUUGGUUGGUGAGGUUGGUUCCCUCAGAUAGGUAGCCUCAAGUGGGCUAUAUUUGUAAUGCUGCAACUGGCUUUGGUUUCUCUACGGUGGGUGGGGGUGUGGUGGGAAAGCAGGUGGGGUCCCAGAGCUGGAUAGGACUAGAUUUCAGGGGCAGCUAUUAACAUUUUUUUUUAAAGUUUCUUGCAGUGUGGGCACUGGUUAGUCUGCUUUUGUUGUCCAACUUGAGUUUGCCUGGGUACAACAAAGUGGCUCCCAUGUUCCAAAGCUGUGCAGUUUGUGAGGUUAACUGGCCACUGUAAAUUGCCCCUGGUGUGCAGGUGAGGGGCAGAAUCUGGGGGGAGUUGAUGGGAAUGCGGGGAGAAUAAAAAUGGGAUUAUUGUAGGAUUGGUGUAACUGGGUGGUUGAUGGUCAGCAUUAACUUCGUGGGCUGAAGGGCCUGUUUCCAUGGUGUAUCUCUCUACAACUGUUAAGAGUUAUCUACACUGGUGUGAGACUGGAAUCACCUUCGAGGGUGAAGGACAACAGGCGUUGUCCUUCAAGAACAUGAGUGAAUCAACUGAAGUUUUAUGGUAAUCCAACAGCUUCACAAUCUAUUUUAUACUCUGGAUAACCCUAGUGACGGCUAUUUUAUUUGUCACUGGUGCAGCUGGCUAGUGGUGAGAGUUGUAGGAAGCUAGGAGCCAUGAGGUGCACACUAAAGCACUCAGAAAUUGCAUCUAGGUGGGUAGGGGAGAAAGCAAAGAACUAACUCUAACAUCACACACUCACAGACACAGCCUUUUAUUUGAUCCGGUGCAAUCCCUAAUAAUUGCUCAGCGGCCAUAUAGAAUUGCAGGUUUUUAAAAACAGCGGUCAGGUUAAUGGAUGCACCCUAACCUCAAAUGAUUUGAGAGUUUGUAAAGAAGCUCACCCCAGUUUUAAUGGUGUAAUGGGCUGCAGUGGACCACCUGACUUCUGGUCUGCGCAAGAGUGCAUCCUAAUCCUGAUCGGGGUUGGGAUAUGGCUUGUGUAAUGUUUUGCUGUAUUGACUAUAGUCAGUCACAUUUCUAAGCUUCUUUUAACCAGGUAUAUUAAACAAAAAAAAUUACAAGUCCAAAUUUCCCUAUCGCAGUAAUCCUGUUUGACCAAGCACCAGACGCUGAGGUGAGCAGCUUAGAAAGUUACCCUCUAUUUGAUAUUAUAUGGAGAAUGUGUAACUUUGUUCUGAUUUGGUAAAAGUGUAGAUAUCCCAGAUAUCAGGGAGUGUUCAGUUCUGUGAUCGAGUAUUAGUCCCAUCAAACUAAUAAUGCUGAAGUGCUCUGGUGUGAAUUGGUCAACAACUCACUUGAGCAUUAAUAGUCCAAUGAAAGCAGUAGUUCUUGGUGCAACCAGGUCUUCAAGCAGAAAGCUACCUCCAUUAAUAAUAUCUAAGUUUUAAAAGUUUUGAGGAGGAGCCAGGAUCCAAAGUAGGGAUGGUCCCAUUACUAUUGGGCUCUGUCCCCACAAAAGAAGUAAUAUUCUUGAAGAUUUUCUGACAAAUUCUUGUCAGUUGGUAAUGGGAUACAGAAAAAUCUGCUUUCUUUUCAAAAAAAAAAGGGGAAAAUAUUGCACUGCUGGUGGUCACUGGACUGUUGAUAGGCAUAGGAAUGACAUCCUUAUCAUUGGCCAACAUGGUAUCGCAGCUAAGGAUGGGAGAACAAUCCAGGUCUCAAUGAGUUAAGCUCUGAAAGAUGCUGGUUAUGUAUUCUCUGUACCCAUUGAAAAGUGAGAUCAAUAGAUUUUUGUUAGGCGACAGUAUUAAAACUUUAAGGAAUGAAGGGAAGUAAACAGAGUUAAGGUACAGAUCUGCAACAUUCGAUCAGAAUGAUACCACAGGCUCAAACGAUUGAAUGGCAUCAUUUUCUUCCCAUGGUUUCAGAAUUCAAUUAAAGUCAGUUGACCUACUGUCCAAGGAUGUACAAUUCACAUUUUGUAUUAAUGUUUCUUACAACAAAGUUUAUUUGGGACGACUUCACCACAGGUUGAUUUUUUAAAAAAACAUAUUGCAAAAUAUAAGCUGCACACUCGCGCAUUAAACUGACUGUAUAAAUUACUGCCAUUAUAUUGGUUUUGGGGGCCUUAGAGAUUAUUUCAUCAAGCUUCAGGAGAAUAAGUUGCUUGAAUGUAUCUUUAGGAAGUGUGUUACUAUAUAUAAUCCUUUUAUAUCUGUUUGUAAAUGCUGGAGUUAACUUGCAUUAAAACAAUUUUAUACAGCACUUAAUAUAAGUGACAUUUAUAUAAGAGGAUGCAAAGUGAUGUUUCAUAGGAUAAAUGUAUCUAACAGUUCUUUUGAAAGAGCUUUCAAUAGAAAUGGUAUUAAAGAGAUUUCAUGUCAAUGACAGGACAAAAGCUAUUGGUAUCCUGUUGCCUCUAAAUGGCAGAUUUUGUGUAUUGCCUGAUGUAUAUGUUUUUUUUACUAUAUUCAGUUGUCCAAAUAGGAAUGUGUACCAUCAAUUUCAUUGGUACAAUGAAUCAUGAAUCUGGUCUUCAGUAUCCACCUCCAAAAGUGAGGCAGAAUUAGACUGAUCUAAUGUGUGCCAUGAUUUUUUGUGUGGAGUGUAUGAAUUGGCUGCUACUCUGCCAGCAACUUCACUAAUCUGACAACAAUCUGUCUCUUUCCAUUUUGAGCAUAAACCUCAUGUAUGAGCCAUUGUAAAACUCUUUGCCAAGUAACCAUAAUCCUGGGUCACCCAGCAAAAGGAGAACUGCCAUUUAUUGAACUGAUUUACAAGGUCAAUUUGCUAGUUUUUUGAAUGCAUAAGACUUCUUGCACUGCACACCUAGCUGGUCUUUUGAUCCUCCAUAAACUAGUCGUCCAAAAUGCUACUGCUUGUGCCCUAAUGUGUCACAUCUUGUUCUUCCAUCUCCCCUGUGUUCAUUGACCUGUAUUGGCCCCAGGUUAUUCAAUACUUUGAUUUUUAAAGAUUCCUAUCCUUGUUUUUAAAUCCCUCCCAUGUCCUUGCCCAACCCAUUCUCUGUAAUCUCCUCCAGCCUGGAUGAGUGCAGCUCCAACAACACACAAGAAGCUCAACAUUAUCCAGGGUAAAACAACUUCUUUAGUUGGUACUGCAUCCACCGUUCAUUCACUCUACCACUGGUGCAGUUGUGGCUGCGGUAUGUGCCAUUUUAAAAGUGCACAGCAGGUACUCACCUGGGUUACUCCAACAGCUUGUCCCCAAACCUGUGACCCCUAAUGACCAAGGAGGGCAACAGGUGCAUGGGACCACCACCAUCUGCAGGUUCCCCACUAAGACUUGCACCAUCCUAGUUUGAAGGAGUGCAGCAGUUUGAGGGCAAUUAAGGAUGGGAAAUAAAUCCUGUCCUUACCAGUGAUGUCCCACUUCUCCAAUUCUGGUCUCUUUAUCAUCCAUAAUUUAAUCUCUCCACUACUGACCACUUCUGGAAUUCCCUACCUAAACUUCUCUCUAUACAACUCCUACCUUUCUUUGAGACAUAUAUAUUUUUCAAACGUUGCCAUCGGCCCUAAUAUCUCAUGUGACUUGGUAUCAAAUUUUGUUUGAUAAUGCUCUUGUGAAGUGCCUUGGGACAUUUUACAACCAUUCAGGAACUUUAUAAUGCUGGUGGAUCUUGUACUAAAUGCAAACUGAAUCUGUAAUAAUGUGUAUGUUGCUAUGACUUGGGACUUCAGUCCAUUAAAAGGAAAUGAAUGUAAUCUGUUGCAGUGCAGGGAAAUAGAAACCUUUUAUCUGAAUGAUUAACAAUAUAUUUUACUCAUUUUUUUAAAGUAUAGCCAAGCUUAUAUGUACAUGUGUGUAAAGCCACACAUUUAUCAUCUUUGCAAUGUAAAGACUGUAAGUAUUUAAUAAAGAAAUUAUAAAAUGUUAUUUUCAUCUGAUUAUUGAUAAAGUUCUGAAUUCCCCACUGCAGC